UCAAGAUGUCGGCUGACCUAACAAUUGGGUCGGUUCCGCCAUUUUACAGAGAGGUGUACGAAAUAGUGUGUCCAAAUCAAGAACAAGUGGACCAAGAUCUUUUCGUUCAACUCCUUGUGAAGUCAAGUUUACCAAAGCAGACGAUUAUACAAAUAUGGGAAGCUGUGGACUCUCAGAUGGGUUACCUGACCAGGAAUGGACUGUACAAGGCACUGGCUCUGACAGCUCUGGCUCAGCAAGGCAAAACCAUCAGUGAUAAGAUGCUGGACUCAUAUUCUGGUCAAGAAUUACCACGCCCUUCUCUGGGAGACCUGACUGAUCUGAAGAGUCUGAGCGUGAGGUUACGGAGAGAGAAGACACCUAAUGUACUUGGGUAUAGUUACCAGGAGCUAUGCGACCAGGACUUUAUCAAGGUGGAGCUGAUGCCAGAGAAAAAAGGCCUGAUUCUAAAACAUGUGGAGUAUGAGGUCACCUCUCAGCGUUACAAGGCAACGGUAUUACGGCGUUACAAUGAUUUCCUUGCCUUACAUGAGUUUCUCAUCAUGAGGUAUCCUUAUCGCAUGGUUCCCCGCUUACCACCAAAGAAAAUGAUGGGAGCUAACAGAGAGUUCAUAGAGCAGCGAAGAAAAUCCCUCAGACGCUACCUCAACAUCAUCGCUAGACACCCAGCCAUAAAUGAAGACAAAUUGCUCAAAUUCUUCCUCUCUUUCUCUGGAUCAGACAUAGGUCACAAAUUGAAAGAACAGUUUCGAGGGUUGCCAGAUGAGUUCAUGACAAAUGAAAUAGCAUUAAAAGCAAAGGACCUAGUUCCAAUGGACACUCAGGUGCAAAUAGGAAACAGCAAAGACCUUAUUAAACUUUUGUAUAACAGUGUAUCCAAGUUACGGGACAUUGCGGAGAGAAUGGUUCAGCGGUCCACAAGCUAUGCAAGUGACAUGUUACAGUUUGGUCGGGAAUUAAGUGCAUUAAGUAGUGACAGCAGUAGUGUGUCAAGUUGGGCCAGUGGGACAAAUCAGACCUGGAGCCAUCUGAAGAAAGGAUUCAAGCAUUUGUCUGUGGAAUAUGCAGCCCUGGCUGAAAAAGCCACCCAAGAGGCUGCUGAAGAGGAGGAAGGGGUUGUGGAGAGGCUGUCGAUGUUCCAGGAUCUUCUCACGGCAUACAGGGAUCUUUGUGACCGCCAUGAGAAGGGAGUUCUGAAUGAUCACCAAAAAGCCUUACAGAAAAUGGGACAGUAUAAGAAGAAACACAUGUCAGCAACUGUUCAGUCAGAGGCGGGCACUGUGGAGCAGCUGGAGCAGAGGAUACUGGAGCAAGAAAGCCAAAUACUAAACAUGGAGAACAGAAACUAUUUCUCUUUGCAUUGUUUGCAAAUGGAGACACAAUUAGUUCAUGCAAAUCUCGAUAUCUUGGUGGAAAUGCUGAGAAGUAUGGUGGAAGUUCAGUCAAAAUCACAUAGCGAGCUCGCAAAGGUAUGGGAGAACGUGAAGCCAAUCCUGGAGAAUGUGUUUCCACUGGACAAGUCUGCGUCAGCCUCCCCGAGAACCUCACCGUUGGGUUCACCAGUCUCUGACAGGCCUGGCGUAGGUGUCUAGGCAUCCGUCCAAGUCUAACCCUCUCAGCAGAACAUAGCCUAUCCCGGGGAAUCACUGCACAAACUUUCCAGUUGACCAACUAGUCUUGUGGGAAUACAAUAUUAAAGAGGCAUCCGUAUUUGCGUGGCAAGUGUUGUAUUGUUGAUCAGAGACAGAACAUGCAACUGUGAUAUUUAUUACACGUAGGUACAGCUGAAGAGAAGUAAGUGAUCUCUAACUAAUAUCUAUUCAGCCUUCUUUUCACAGUGUUAAUGUCUUCCACGUGCAUACAUGUACAUCUUUUUGAUUUGUUUUGAAUUCACCUUUAUUUUGUGCACUUAAAAUGAAUGGUGCUUAGUUACAUGUAGUAUCACAAUCUGUUUUAUAGGCAUAUCUGCAAGUAAACUACAGUUGGAUACUAGAAUUAGAGGUGAAGCUGGAGAUUUCUGAAUCGAUGACUAGACUAGUAUGUCUACACUUUAUGUUGUCUGUUAUUUUGGUUGUUUCAGCAUACUGUUAUUUUGGUUGUUUCAGCAUAUUGUUAUUUUGCUGACUCCUGUAAUAUAGCCUUUUUUUUAUAUGUUAGUGUAAAAUCAUGCACUAAAUCUGUCACUAUUCUUGGUUUGACCUACCAUCACCCAUGUUAACACAUGUAGGCCUACAUGUAAUACGAGUAUCCAGUAAAUAAGUGAGAAGAUAGAAGAACUCUGCUCUGGCUUGGUGGAGUGUGACCUAGCAUACAUUUACAUGUAAAAGCAGCUCCAUUGUAAUAAACUCGUUGGUUUUAGUGUUACUGUAGCAGGUUGCUUCAGUCAGUGUUUUAAAAUGACAGAUACAUUAUGGUUACCAUAGAUGCAUUUAAGAUAUUGUUUCUCUGAUCAUGGCCCUACAAUUUUACUUUCAGCAUUCAAUUACUGACUGUUAAUAUAAAGUUGUAAAAGUUUUUAAAGUGCAUGCACUGAAUUAUACGUGUGUAAAUUUUCAGUUGAUCCUGAAUUUAUUUGGAGGGGAUGGGAAUAUCGCCUGACCAAGACAUGAACAUUUGUUGGACAAGUUUGAAAGUUAGUCAGCCAUAGUAAUAUUUGUCUUGAUUAUUAGUGUAUUCACCACGUCAUUUACAUGCACAUGUAUAAGCAUCAUGGAUUGCUUUAUCACCAUAGUAUGGCGAGUCCUUACAGGUCAUUUUACACUUGUGUUCCAGUUAUACUCACAGCCAUAUACUGUGUGCUCUAUGUACCUUUGCAUUCCAUGAACCUUUAAGCAUACCGACUUGUUAUUGAGUAUUUAGCAUGGAGAUCUCUUUAUGUCUGAUUACAUGAAGUUGACUUAGGAAAUAUAUAUGGGUAGCUUAUUUCCAAUGUUUUAUGUUUUAACUAUUAAUCCAGAAAGAAAGUUGAAAAUCAUUUAUGGAUAUAUGAUAAAUUUAUUUUUAAUUUUAAAACAUAUGGUUCAUUUCCUAAAACUGUGUAUUUGGGCUUAAUGUGCAUUGGCUAAUGAAAAUAGGAUAUACUCAUAUGCUUGAAAAAGCAUUGAAAUCCAUGUUGCUUUACCUGAGGGAUUUGGCAUUCAUGUUGUAGGAUAUACUGAGAAAAUAGUCACUGUGAAUGUAAUUUACUUGCACUGUGGCCAUGUUAGUUGCUGGCUGGAUUUCCUGUACCUUAUAGCCUGAGCAAUUUUACAAGAAAUUUCUGUGUUACCUAUGGGUAUUUUGGUGCCCUCUUGAGUUUAACUUUUGCCGUCACUGCAUAUUACCUCCUGCAUGGCAUAAUGUGACUAGUCUGAGAUCAUCUGUUUGUCCUUGAAAAAUGUUCUGACAGUUCAAGGGGUGACAACCGAAAAGGCAUUCAUCUUGUAGCAUUAAACAGGAUUUGCGUGUAUGAAUUUCUUAAGCAGCUGUUUUUUUGUUUUUUUUUACUGAUGAGAAAACAAUAAACUUAACUGUUCAUAUUUCUGUAUUCACUUGUUUUGACCAUCAGAAUCAUGUAUUGUGUGAAGUUUCAGCUGCAACAAGAACAGCUUGCUUUAUAUAAUUCUAGCACCUGAAUUGUAAUUUACUCUUUAACUGAAAAUUGCACUGUCUUAUUGAAAGAAAGAAGUUUUGUUUACAUUACAUUACUGCCUUGGAUGAUGAAAUGCAAAGGGAUGUAUUUGUUACUUCUUGUAGCUUUAUUUGUACGUGUAUCUAUGGUCUUCUAUUUUAAAUCUGUUAAUCAGUAUAUAUACAUGUAUAUGUAUUGGAAUGUAUAAAAUAUGAUUAUAUGUGUUUACGUGCAUUGUUUUACCUCGUGAUAUGCAAUAUUCCAGCACAGAUGACAGUCAGAAUAUCAUUGGGAUCAGGAUUUCUAAAAAGUAGGCUGAUCAGUGCUAGAUUUUACACUACAGCCUAAUCUAUGUGCAGCUUUUGAGAAUUCUUUUUUAUUCAAAAAUCCCCCCCCCCCCCCAAUCUUUUUUUUUUUUUUUUUUACAACCAUAUUAAACUGUUACAAGCAAGAGAAAUUGGAAAAGAAAUAGUCAUACAGUGCUUCAAAAUUCAUCUUAAUCUAUUGAAGGUGUAUUCUUGAAUGUAAUAAGAAAUAAGUAUGCAAAGUUUAGGGUGAUUUCACAGACAUUAGGAGGACACUUUUUGGAAACGAUGUAAAAACAAAAAGCAAAAAAAAAAGCACUAUAUGGAUAGUACAUGUAAAUUCUAGGAGUGUAAAACUUUAUACAUUGGCAAAUUCGAACAUAUCUCAUAAACUGAAGUUUUAUAUUCAAAUUUGUAACAUGUUUUGUGACUUUAGGUGAGCAAUCCUCUGUGGCCAUUACACAUAUUGUGUAAUUAAUUUGUCCAUAUGCUGUGCUGUUUAUUACUUCUCUUGGGAAAGCUCAGAAAAUAAACUCUAAAUGUGGCUACAUGUCAAUAUUAAUGCCUGCCUAUGUUUGAAAUUGCUUUGUAUUUGUUACAUUAAAGCUGUAGCAAUUUUUGUUUUAUCCCAUUUUCUGUAAACUCCCUUCAGCAUCUCCAGUCGGCGGAUUUUCUGCUGUCCUGUGGUUUAUCAGAGCUGUGUACAUGUACAUUUGAAUUGUGUUACCUGUUGGAGGAAAGCAGUGAUGGCGAGUGGGUACAAGUAUCAGUGCUGUACUUCCCUUGAUACCAUUUCUUGAGUAUUUGUUAUUCUUGUUGAUUCCAGAUGUGUUAUUUUGGCAACUUGAU